CUCCGUCCAUCCAUCAAAUCCGAAGCAACCCACUCGGAUGCUGAGGCCGCCCAGGCUGGAUCACGCGCCGCCGUAUUGAGGUCAUCGGCGAGCGUUGCCAUGGCGACCUCCUCUCGCUCGGGAGGAGCACACUGCGGCGCGCGCACCACACGGCGGGCGCGUGCCGGCGACGACGCGCACACGACGGGCGCGCGCGCCGAGGCGGUUCACCUCAACGGCGAGACGACGCAGUCCGCGAGUCGCGACGCUCAACGGCACCCGAACCGAACCGAACCCAACCCAACCGAACCCGCGAGUCUGUUGGAGCCCUGUGGCCUUGCGACGGAGGAAUUGUCGACGAAGCCAGCUGAGCUGCAAUCCCAGGCGACGUCGCAGGAGGUUCCGUUGAGGCUCGGCCGGGCCUUGAACUGGAUGGAAUCAUGAGCUCGGGCUGCUUCACAAGCUGCUCCUGCUGCUGAUUAGCCCCAUUUUCUCGUUCUUUUGCAUUUGGGUGUCGUGGGCGCUGACUGCCGCUGUGGAUUCGUCGUUUCUGGAAGCUGCCGCUUGAAUGGGCUUUUUUUGGCAAGCAGGAAGGACAUCAGUGGGAACCUGGCUCUCCAGCAGCACCCGGGGAUCCCAAAUUAACAGCGCAGGUGCAGACAUCGAUGACGUCGCCAGGACAGGACCGGACAGGACGCAGAGGGAUGGAACGUAACAGAACCACGGCCGCGGAAGCCACCGGGACAGCCUCGGCUCCUGUUCAGCACUGACCUGGCGCCCCCGCCGAGGCCCGCCUUCCGAAUCCCUGCGCGCCCUCCGCAUGAGCUGCUCCUCGAUUUGGUCCCUCGCCUUUGGACUCGACUCCCUUUUGAUUAUUCCAUUUGCGGCCAUGCGGCUAUUUCUCCUUGCGAGUGGACAAAGAAGGCAAAGGUGCCUCAUGCCAGACUGGUGCAUGCAGUUGGGCCUCGCCCUCCUCUUAAAUGUGGCCUCCAGCCAAAAAGUGGAGCCCUCCAAGCACCCCGUGGUCACCACCAACUACGGCAAGCUCCGAGGGGUCAAGAAGGACCUGAACAACGAGAUCCUGGGCCCGGUGGAGCAGUACCUGGGCGUGCCCUACGCCACCGCGCCCAUCGGCGACCGCCGCUUUCAGCCGCCCGAAGCCCCGGGCUCGUGGCAGGAGAUCCGCAACGCCACCCAGUUUGCCCCCGUGUGCCCCCAAAAUGUGCACGGGGUGCUCCCCGAGAUCAUGCUGCCUGUGUGGUUCACAGACAACCUGGACGUAGCGGCCGGGUACAUCCAGAACCAGAGCGAGGACUGCCUCUAUCUCAACGUCUACGUGCCCGUGGAGGAUGGUCCGCUCACAAAAAAACACGAUGAAUCUGCAGCCAACAAGCCUCGAGACGAAGAUAUUCGCGACCGCAGGAAGAAGCCCGUGAUGUUGUUCAUUCACGGAGGCUCGUACAUGGAAGGCACCGGAAACAUGUUUGACGCCAGCGUCCUCGCCGCCUACGGCAACGUCAUCGUGGUGACUAUGAAUUAUCGUCUGGGUGUGCUGGGUUUUCUCAGCACCGGCGAUCAGUCGGCCAAGGGCAACUACGGCCUCCUGGACCAGAUUCAGGCGCUGCGCUGGCUCAACGAGAACAUCGGUCACUUCGGCGGAGACCCGGAGAGGAUCAGCAUCUUCGGAUCGGGAGCCGGGGCGUCCUGUGUCAACCUCCUCAUCCUCUCCCACCAUUCGGAGGGUCUCUUCCACAGGGCCAUUGCCCAAAGUGGCACAGCCAUCUCCAGCUGGUCCGUCAACUACCAGCCCCUUAAGUACACCAAAAUCCUGGCCCGCAAGGUGGGCUGCACCUACACCGAGACCGCUGACCUGGUGGACUGCCUGAGGCGCAAGAACUUCAGGGAGCUCGUGGACCAGGAUAUCCAGCCGGCUCGCUACCACAUCGCCUUCGGCCCCGUGGUGGACGGAGACGUGGUGCCCGACGAUCCUGAGAUCCUCAUGCAGCAGGGGGAGUUCCUUAACUACGACAUGCUGAUUGGGGUCAAUCAAGGAGAGGGGCUGAAGUUUGUCGACGACAGCGAGGACAACGACGGCAUCUCGGCUGCGGCGUUUGACUACACCAUCUCCAACUUUGUGGACAACCUCUACGGAUACCCCGAGGGCAAAGACAUCCUGAGGGAGACCAUUAAGUUCAUGUACACAGACUGGGCAGACAGAGACAACGGCGACAUGCGGCGCAAGACCUUGCUCGCUCUGUUUACAGACCACCAGUGGGUGGCGCCGGCGGUGGCCACCGCCAAGCUCCACGCCGAGUUCCAGUCGCCCGUUUACUUUUACACCUUCUACCAUCACUGCCAGACCGAGACGCGGCCCGAGUGGGCCGACGCCGCCCACGGAGAUGAGAUACCGUAUGUUUUCGGGGUGCCCAUGAUCGGUGCCACGGACUUGUUCCCGUGCAACUUCUCCAAGAACGACGUGAUGCUCAGCGCUGUCGUCAUGACCUACUGGACCAACUUUGCCAAGACCGGGGAUCCCAACUUACCAGUCCCCCAGGACACCAAAUUCAUCCACACCAAGCCCAACCGCUUCGAAGAAGUCAUCUGGACCAAGUUCAAUUCCAAGGACAAGCAGUACCUCCACAUUGGCUUGAAACCUCGCGUCAGAGACAACUACAGGGCCAACAAGGUGGCCUUCUGGUUGGAGUUGGUCCCCCAUCUCCAUAAUCUACACGAUGAGUUCUUUUCAACCACCACUCGCUCGCCCCCCGGUCCGGGUCCGGGUCCGGGUCCGGGUCCUGGCACGCCCAGAACCAGAACUACGGGCCCUCGCACCACCCAUCGGCCCUACCCCACCUUCUCUUACGACCCGGACCCCGAGGGUUCGGAGCGUCCGCCACCUGUUCUUUUCCCCGGCGACACCCGCGACUACUCCACGGAGCUGAGCGUGACGGUCGCCGUGGGAGCGUCCCUGCUCUUCCUCAACAUCCUGGCCUUCGCCGCCCUCUACUACAAGCGCGACAAGCGGCACGAGAUGCGACGCCACCGGCUCUCUCCCCAGCGGGGCGGCCCGGCCAACGACCUGCCGCACAGCCAGGAGGAGGAGAUCAUGUCCCUGCAAAUGAAGCAUUCCGAGCACGACGCUCACCACGAUAUGGAGCCCCUGCGGCCCCACGACAUCCUGCGGCCCGCCUGCCCGCCCGACUACACGCUGGCGCUGCGCCGAGCCCCGGACGACGUGCCUCUGAUGACGCCCAACACCAUCACCAUGAUCCCCAGCACCAUCACAAGCAUGCAGCCCCUUCAUGCCUUUAAUACCUUUCCCAGCACAGGCCACAACAACACUCUGCCCCACCCGCACUCCACCACCAGGGUAUAGUAGAGCCAACCCGGCAGCACCGCCCGAGGACCAGGAAGACUGGCUGUGCCUCCAAGAACCUACACUGUGGAAGUGUGCUUUGGUGACUCUCGUGUUUUCUCCAAGAACAACUCCGCCGCCUCCGUGUCGUGCUGCCGAGCUUCGCGGUGCGGCGGGUCUUUUCCAAAAGGAGUGUCAGGAUGUUAUUUCCCAGCAGCCCCUCGCCGUUUCUCGAAGGGACCUCUCGCCUUCUUAGCGGCGGGGUGUCAUUCAUUCCCUUACGUGUCAUUCUCUUUUCUACAUCUGUAUCUUCUGCCUGAGCCUUUUUCCAAUCUUUCUAAAGCCACGGGGGUCAGCUAUGAAAAGUAUCUUCUACUUUCAUUCAACCAGCGUUCUUGGUGCCAAGUUAGUGUUCGCAUUCUCACGGAGGGCAAAAAUCCUCAAGAAAAUGGAUUAUUUAUUGUCCACUAACAAAUGUGUUCUCAUGACAAAGUGCCAAACUGGCCCUUGAUUGUGCUUUUCUUUUCUUUCGCUGCUCGUCUCCUCUGUUCGGUCGUCGUCGUCGUCGUCGUCGUUUGUUUUUUUGAUGUGCAACUCCAUUUUGUUUUGUUGAUAUCAAAUAUAGCUAUAGAGAAAGUAUAUAUCAAGAUAUAUAGUUGUAUAUGUGUACAAAGGAAGGAGAAAGUCUAUCAUUGGGUAUUUUGCGAUAGGGCAUCUAUGCAUGAAUUCUUUUGAAGGGAGGCUCACGGGGGGGGUGGACACGGUAUCCGCACAGUUCCCAAAGUCGACAAAAGCGCUUCACCUCCCUGCAUCGGUUCAGGAAAGAAAACGUCAUCUCACUCCUCCGUCCUGUGAAUAUUUCCACACGCUUGUGUUGUAGUGACGCAACGAGCCUCUGCUUUCCUGCCAUCUGCGCCGCCGCGCUUUCACAAGGUACCAAAGGUGUGUUUGUGGCUCACUUUUCUGUCCGCCACGUCCAUUGUUUGCUUGAAGAGUGCCGGGUCCAAACUGGUUUUCUUGAUGAUUCGGUUCUUCUAUUUCGAGGCUCAAAUUCAAAGGUAACUGGCGGGUUGGCCUGCAUACGUGUAGCGGGAACGCCGUUGGCGGGUGGGAUGCAGGGGACUCGGGACCCUUACAACAGCAAAAUGGGAAGCUGUCCCCGCUUGUGCCCGUUUCUUUCGUUUCUCCUUUGUCGUAUUCCGAUCCACGAAAGGGGGCAAAGGUGCGCGAGGCCGAUGCCGCCGUCUUGGGAGUUUUGCGUGCACGAGAGAGAGAGAGAGAGAGAGAGAGCUCUGCAGAGUGAAUGAUGACUGCCAUGGGAAGAAGAGACUUUGCAGAAGGCCUUCGAUCAUGAGAGGGGACGGCUUCGGAUCUCCUACGACCCCGAUUCCGAUGAAGUUGGGACGGUGUGUUAAACGUAAAUAAAAACGGAAUGCAAUGAUUUGCAAAUCAUGUUCAACCUAUAUUUCAUUGAAUACACUACAAAGACAAGCUAUUUAAUGUUCAAACUGAUAAACCUUAUUGUUUUUAGAAAAUAAUCAUGAACUUAGAAUUUGAUGGCUGCCGCACGUUCCCAAAAAGUCGGGACAGGCUCAUGUUUCCCCACUGUGUUACAUCACCUUUUCUUUUGGCAACAUUCAAUCAACGUUUGGGAACUGAGGACGCUCAUCGUUGAAGCUUUGUACGUGGAAUUCUUUCCCAUUCUCGCUCGAUGUACAGCUUCAGCCGUUCAACAGUCCGGCCGGGGUCUCCGUUGUCGUAGUUUACGCUUCAUAAUGCGCCACGCAUUUUCAAUGGGAGACAGGUCUGGACUGCAGGCAGGCCAGUCUAGUACCCGUCCGCACUCUUACUACGAAUCCACGCUGUUGUAACACGUGCAGAAUGGGGUUUGGGAUUGUCUUGCUGAAAUAAGCAGGGGCGUCCGUGAAAAAGACGGUGCUUGGAUGGCAGCAUAUGUUUCUCUAAAACCUCUAUGUACCUUUCAGCAUGAAUGGUGCCUUCACAGAUGUGUAAUUUACCUGUGCCAUUGGCACUAACACAGCCCCAUACCACCACAGAUGCUGGCUUUUGAACUUGGCGUCCAUAACAGUCCGGAUGGUUCUUUUCCUCUUUGGCCCGGAGGACACGACGUCCACAAUUUCCAGAAACAAUUUGAAAUGUGGACUCGUAGGACCACAGAACACUUUUCCACUUUGCGUCGAUCAUCCAUCUUAGAUGAGCUCGGGCCCAGAGAAGACGCCCUGCGUUUCUGGGUGUCGUCGAUAAAUGGCUUUUGCUUUGCAUGGUAGACUUUCAAGUUGCACUUCCGGAUGUAGCGCCGAACUGUAUUGACUGACAUUGGUUUUCUGAAGUGUUCCUGAGCCCAUGCGGUGAUAUCCUUUGCACACUGAUGUCGGUUUUUGAUGCAGUGCCGCCUGAGGGAUCGAAGGUCACGGGCAUUCAAUGUUGGUUUUCGGCUUUGCCGCUCACGUGCAGUGAUUUGUCCAGAUUCUCUGAACCUUUUGAGGAUAUUAUGGACCGUAGAUGAUGAAAUCCCUGAAUUCCUUGCAAUUGUACGUUGAGGAACAUUGUCCUUAAACUGUUGGGACUCUUUUCUCACGCACUUGUUCACAAAGAGGCGAACCUCGCCCCAUCUUUGCUUGUGAAUUCGGGGAAGCUCCUUUUCUAGCCAAUCACGGCAGCCGCCUGUUCACCUGUGGGAUGUUCCAAACGGCUGUUUGAUGAGCAUUCCUCAACUUUUUUGGAACGUGUUGCAGCCAUAAAAUUCCAAGUUCAUGAUUACUUGCUAAAAACCAUAAAGUUGAUCAGUUUGAACAUGAAAUAUCUCGUCUUUGUAGUGUAUUCAAUGAAAUGUAGGUCGAACACGAUUUGCAAAUCAUUGUAUUGUGUUUUGAUUUAUGUUUAACACAACGUCCCAACUCGAUUGGAAUUGGGGUUGUACGUUUGCCGAGAUGAAAGCUUUGCUUUCCCGUCCGUCCACUGGAGGACGUCGUUCCUGGCUUUUGUAACCCCUGUGAGGUCAAAGUCGGCGAGGUGAACGUACUGUGCCGCUACCGGAAGCAGAAUACCGCAACCUCUGCUUCUUUCUCAUCUAUUUUAUAAGCUACCACUGGAAGAUGAGGAUGUGAGACGGCUGAAGGACUUCACACAGAAUCACACAAACCUUCAAAAAAAUCUAAAGUGUACAUUUUUAAGUGUAAGACUCCAACUGAUAAAAUAUUUGUAAAUAUUAAGUUUCUGGAUUGUUUUUUUUUUUUCCCCUUUCCUUUUUUUUGGAGUGAAUGAACAAAAUGCCCAAAUUUUGUGAUGAGCCAGGACAACAGGUGCAGUUUGCGAAGAAGGGGCGGCCACGCCGAUUCGAUUGAGUUUCUUUUCUUCUUCUCGCCAUGCGGACGUUGCGUCGCAUUGAGUGACCGGAGCAGAAAUUCAUCAUGCUGCUUUUCAAAUAGACGCCCACUCCUGAAAAAUACCACCCCAAAAAAAAUCUUUUUUUGUGCCAGCAGUGGAAUUGCUACCCUCAUAAUUUUGUCAUUCUUUCCUUUUUAUUGAAGCAUACAUUAAGUGCUUAGUUUUGCGUGGAUAUUGAGGAAAAGUUCACCUUGCAUUUGUGAGAGGUAUGCCACAAAACGGGAGGCGAAGGGAAGCCGCCAUUGGUCGGCGGCGAGACGAGGCCCUCGAUGAGUUGACUUUCCAUGUAGCCGUGUUUACAUGAGGCCACUUUGAUGCGGGUCCCGCACGAGGGCUUUGAUACCAUAAGAUGCCUCGCACACACACACACACACUCGCGCACGAAUAAGAUCUCCCACUUCGUACGGCGCUCUCUGCACACUGGCUUUGCCCGGCUUAUGUUUCUGAUGAAGGGAAUAGUUGUCUAUUUUCAAUCAAACAAGCUCAUCUGUUUGAAGUCGGUGGUACAAGCGAGCACACGCGCGCAUAUAUGCAUGAACUUCCUGCUCGGAUUCUGAAGCAAAGUUGCACCUGUUGUCUACUUUUGUUUUUCUUCUUUCAUCUGAAAACCAAGAAUGGAAAUGAAGAAAAUUGAUGACAAGUGGCAUUUUGGAAAAAGGUGCUAAAAAAAAGUUGGAGGGCGGAGGGACAGUAAUUAAGGAGAUGAUCUUUCUUGUUUAUUUUACAAGUUCUUAUCCACUGUAUGCUGUGAUCCUGAUCUGGAAACAUUAAAGACAUUCAUAGCCA